GUUAUCUGGGAGUGGUUUUGCCUGGCUCUGGUGGGAAGCACGGAGGGAACUUACACAGGGAGGGGAUGAGCGGAGCAGGAUCCGCAUGGAGAGGAGGUUGGAGAGGAGCAGAAGGCUCUGCAAGAGGGAGCCAGCAAUAAUCAACUGUGUGAAGUGGGGAUGCUGGAGAAGCCGGGAAAACCCCAGGGAGCUGCCGCAGCCGGCGGCUGCCCCUGGCAACGGUGUUGUGCUGCCGCCAUCUCGGCUGCCCCGCGUCCUCCGUGCUGAGGAGGCACCAGGAGGGAUGGCCUUGGACCUGGAGCAGCAUUUGAGCAGGGCUUUCCGGGACAAGCUGCGGCUGCCGGAGCUCCACGCAGCCCAUGGCAGGCCGGUGCCGGUGCCGGGGGGUGCCGCGCUGCUGCCCUCCAUGCGCUUGCUGCUGAAGAGACGGGAGGUGGCGGAGGUGGAGCGGGCGCUGCAGAGGCAGCGGGAGGAGUUCCAGCAGAGGAUGGAGCGCCUGGCACAGCGCCGGCAGCAGCUGGGCCAGAGGGAACAACGGCUCCGGGAUGUUGUCCUCAAAUUCAAUGCCUUCCGCAAGGCUUCAAUGGCGAGGCAGGAGCGGGCGCUGCAGCGCGCAGCAGAGGCGCAGGCACGGGCAGCGGAGCAGGAUGCUGAGGCCGCCCGCCUGCGCCAGGAGCUUGCAGGGCUGCAGCAGCGCAGGGACCGCCUAGCCCGGCGCCUCCAGAGCCUCCAAAGCUUCCACAGCUACCUGCAGGCCGUGCUGGCCAGGAUGGAGCAGUUCCAGGAUGUCCUGUCCAUGCUGGCCCAUUUCGAGGCUCUGCUGGGGAUGCGGGCAGCCCUGGCGCAGGAAGCAGAAGCAGGGCAGGAGCGGUUGGCGCAGGGCUGGGCACGGCUCCGGGGGUACCGCGAGGAGGCCCUCAGCGAGCUCCUGUGCAUCGCCACCGAGCGGGCCCAGCUCCGCGCACGCCUGGAGGCUGCCCACCGUGAGGUGCUCCAGGGGGAGUCCUGCUGGGCCCACAUCCAAAGCACGGCCACCGAGAAGACCCUGCUGCUGGCGCAGAUCAAGCUGGCAGUGCUCAACCUCUUCCACCUCGCCACUGCGCCGCUCAACAUCCACACAGACGUGGCCCUGGAGGACACCGAGGCGCAGCUGGACACGGUGCUGCUCUGCAUGCAGGACCUGGCUGCCAUCUGUGCCGAGCUGCACCCCAGGCAGCCGGGGCCGGGGCCCCCAGGCUUGCCUGCAGCCACCAGUGUGCGUCGCAGGGGUGCCAGGCUGCCACCGAGCCAGGAGUAACCCCUGGGACCACCGCUGCCAUGGCCAGCAUGGAGCCACAGCACGCCGGGCACCCCUGGGAACGGAGGUCACUCCUUGACACGUCUGGGAACCCCCACAAGAGGCAACGUGGAUGGCAGGGGCACAGGCACCCCUGGGUGGCACUGCCCUGGGGCAGGAGACAGGACACCCAAGGCAGAGCCUGACCCUCUGGGGUACCCUCCUGCAAGCAGGACCUGGGUACCACAGAGGAAUAGGGAGCUGCUGCUCGUGUUCAGGCUGCUGCUCUCCCUGAUGUGUCUCCCAUCAAAAUAUAAGUAUAAAUAUUCCCCAUCCCUGGCAGUGUUCAAGGCCAGGGUGGACACAGGGGCUUGGAGCAACCUGCUCUAGUGGAAGGUGUCCCUGCCCGUGGCAGGGGUUUGGAACUGGGUAAGCUUUAAGGUCCUUUCCAACCCAAACCAUUCCAUGAUUAUAACCCAACUGUGGACCUGCA